AUGCUCGAGAACCAAAUUUCAUUGUUUGUGUUGAGGGAAUUGUUAGAAUUUCAGUUCUCAUCAUUAGAGUUGGCAGAUGAAUGGCUACUUUCUAUGUUAAUUGGACUCAGCAAAGAUCUUUCUCCAUUCAAGAUGGUGGAAGAAUUCCCCAAAAUACAGCUCAUGGAAUGUGAUCAUUUACUCGAUUUUGCAUACCGUGUUGUCGUGCCAAAUUUGGAGGAACAAUCUCUUGAUCAUCAUAUAGCUGAAAUUGAUGGUGAAUCAAAGGAAGGCGAGAAGGAUUCUUUUACAGGAGAACCAAGUCAUGUUAGGCCGCUCGUUGAUGAGGUAUAG